ACUGGAACUCCUGCCCGUGAUGUAGCUCGUCAUUUUGUUCAAAGAUGGAAUUUUAUAAAGGAUGAGAAAGCUUUUGAACGUAAAGAUAUCCCUUUCUUAACACCAAAAGGCGAGUUUGUUAGUACUCGUGAUGAAUCAAGAUUCAAGGGUACUUGUAAUGUUCAACUUUUGAGAAGCAGUUCUGUUUGGAGUAGCGGAAUCAAAACAGAGCAUUAUGUUUUAUUUUUAGUAACGUCUUCUAACAAUGAUCCAAAUAAUACAAUAAAAAAUAGAAUUGGAGAAUUUAUUGUUGAAAGAAUAAUUAAAGCCAACAAAAAUAAUGAGAAAUUCCGUGUAAUAGUAGUGAUGCCAUUAUUACCAGCAUUUGAAGCAGCUUUGGAUUCAAAAGAUGCAGGAACAAUUAGAAUGAUAAUGCAUUGGCAAUAUUUUUCUAUUUGUCGUGGUGGUAAAUCACUUUUGGAAAAGUUAACUGAAGCUGGGGUUGAUCAUGAGAAAUAUAUUUCAUUUUUUGCUCUACGUGAAAUUGCAAUCAUUGUUGAAGAUAAUGCAGUUGUUGAGUCUAAAAUGAAUGGUAAAGAUUAUUUAGCACGAAAAUUUGCUUUUAAAUUACGUAAUUCUAUCUUUAAAGAACACUUGGGAUUUAUUGAGAAACAAGACCAUUCAACUGUGACAAAAAAAGAAGAUUUAAUUUUAAUGGAUCCACUUUCAGAUAAAUUCUAUGAUUAUUGGACUUCAAGAGCAAAUAAAAACACAGAAAUUUAUCGUUCAUUAUUUCAUUGCAUACCAGAUGAUAAAG